AUGGAGGCGCCCCAAGCGAACGCUGUAGAGACGGAAAACUCUCAGUCGGAAAUGCUGGCGACUGAAGAUGAUCAGCUAUCGGAGCGAGUCUCAGAGAAAGACACCAAUGCUGGAAAGCAGGAAAUGCAAAAGGAAAGUCUGAACGACGAAGGCAGCACGGCAUCUGGCUGGGAGGAGGCUGUCAAGGAAAGCAAAGUCGAAUCUGGGCAGGAGGUGAAGGCACAGGAUGAAUUGAAAAUCAACGUCCAGGACCACAAGGAUCCCAAGGACGACAAGCAGCCAUCGAAGAGCAGAUGGUCGGGGAAGGACCGUUGGCAGAUCCAUGACUCCCUCUUGAUACACAAGAACUCACUUCCCUUCCGGGUUGCCGUGGGGGUCACGGUAGUGGCGACCAUCCUGAUCAUCGCAGGUGGCGGCGCUCUUUCCACUAGGCCCUGGCUUGCCAAGUCCGGGUCGGCAUCCUCCGCCUACUUUUCAACGGGCUCGGUGUCUGCUGGAGUGAUCAGGUGA